CUCGUGUGCUGUUUGCAGAAGGAGAGAAACACGUGGGAAUUUUCUGAGCUGAUGCUGUGGUGAAUUUCUCUAGAUACGUUGGUGUCUCGUUCAUUACCAUGGCUGAGGGCGUGUUGAUGCUCAACAUCUCAGAUCCUCCACCAUCAAUCCACCACACCUCCUCUCAGAAACAACACGGCUCACAGCACAGAUGGACAGAGAAAAAGUCUGGGACUGGGAAAAGGAAGGCUUCGUUUGGCAAUCCAGAGGACAACUCUGCUAAACAAAGGAAGACAAAUACCAGUGAUCAAGACCUAGACCCUAAGAAUAACACAGCACGUAGACACCAGCCAGCAUCCAAAUCAACAUUAAAACCAAAAGCAUCUCCAAAGAAAGGACAUGGAGAAGACAAGGGGCAUGACAGACCUUUUAUCAAGACAUCGUCUCUCUUCCGAAACAACCCUGAGAUCCCUGAGGUGGUCAGCCCUGCUGUAACCCAGGUGAAGGAGAAGGUCUUCACUAGUAACUCAUUUGAAGAGCUGGACCUGCAUCCUCAUUUGGUGGCGACACUCAAUAAGGUGUUCAGUGUGACCAGUAUGACCAGUGUGCAGAAGGAGACCAUCCCAGUUCUUAUGUCAGGGAAAGAUGCUGUUGUUCGGUCCCAAACAGGAUCAGGUAAAACACUGGCUUACGGAAUUCCUCUGGUCCAGUCCUUACAAGCUGUACAACCCAAAAUAAAGAGAUCAGAUGGGCCGCUGGCUAUAGUGAUUGUACCUACGAGAGAGCUGGCCCAGCAGAGCUUUCAAAUCUUCCAGAAGCUUUUAAAGCCCUUCACAUGGAUUGUACCUGGAGUCCUGAUGGGAGGAGAAAAGAGAAAAUCAGAGAAAGCCAGAUUGCGGAAGGGAAUAAACAUUCUGAUCUCCACCCCAGGCAGGCUGGUGGACCACAUCAAGAAUACUCUUAGUAUUGUGUUCAGUGCUGUUCGCUGGCUCGUUCUGGAUGAGGCAGACAGGACUCUGGACAUGGGUUUUGAGAAGGAUCUGACUGUAAUACUGAAUGCACUGAAUGCUGCUGGACCUGCUAGGCAGAACGUGCUGCUGUCUGCCACUCUCACUGAGGGGCUGUCGCGGUUAGCCAGCAUUAGUAUGACUGACCCAGUGUACAUCCAGGUCUCAGAUGUGGAUGGGAGUUUGAAGGCAGCAGAGCCCUCUCCCCAAACUGCCAUACAAUCUUCUGCUCCCCAGCCUGACCUGACCGACAGCUACGCUAUUCCUGACAAGCUACAGCAGCAUGUGGUGGUGGUGCCCAGUAAACUGCGCCUAGUCUGCCUCGCUGCAUUUAUACUGGCCAAGUGUAAGUUUGAGAAAAGUCAGAAGCUCAUCGUCUUCGUGUCCAGCUGUGAAGCAGUGGAGUUCCUGGUCACGCUCCUCUCUACUGUUUUGUGUGGCAAACCCAGCACCACAUCCAAACACCAGCCACCAGUCAACUUCCUCCGGCUCCAUGGCAACAUGCAACAAGAGGAGCGGAUGGAGGUGUUUCAGGAGUUCUCCCAGAGUAAGACUGGUGUCCUGCUGUGUACGGACGUGGCAGCACGUGGGUUGGAUCUUCCUCAGGUCACGUGGAUAAUACAGUAUAAUCCUCCCACUUCCGCUGCAGAAUAUGUGCAUCGUGUGGGCCGAACGGCACGCAUUGGAGCUAAGGGCAGUGGUCUCCUUUUUCUUACACCUUCUGAGACCACCUAUAUAGAUGUCCUGGCCAAGCACAACAUCAGCCUCCAUGAGAUGAAGAUGGACGACAUCUUGUCCACUCUGAAGCAGGACGAGCGGUUCAAAGGCAGGGGGAAAUGGGACAGUAGGAGAUCUGCAGGUGCGCGAGAGCAGGAGGUGCGAGAGAGGGCCACGGUUUUACAGACAGACUUUGAGAACUAUGUCCAUGGCAGUGCAGAGUCAGUGCAGGCUGCUAAGAAAGCCCUGCAGUCGUUUGUAAGAGCAUAUACGGCGUACCCCUCCGCUCUCAAACACAUCUUCCACAUCCGUAACCUCCACCUGGGUCACGCUGCCAAGAGCUUCGGCCUGAGGGACGCGCCCCAGGGUCUGUCCGCUGCCACGGCUAACAGCAAGGAGAAGAAAAAGGGCAAAGGAAAAGACAUUAAGAGACCCCUCAAAAAGCUCACGUCCAGAGAGCGAGUGGCCAGCCUGAUCCGCUCUGAGUACAGCAGUGGAUUAGAUGGGGAGUCCAAGUCCAAAAAGAAGAGGAAAAAGAAGAAAACGAACACAGAGAGCACAGAAGGGGAGGAUGUGAUGGAGCAGUAGAAAAGAACACUGUGCUGACCAUUUUAGCAAUGCAGGCCAGUGGAGCGGUGCUGCAAUAAAGACUGGGUCGAGUCGCAGGUGUUUAAGCCUAAUGCGGGACGUUUUUGCUUGAGCUACACCACGGCUGGGCAGCUGUGCAGCCCCAAAACUACUUCAGCUGUGUGCAGUACAGGAGCGUUCAUGAAGUUUUAAGACUGUAUGGAAUGUCUUGGUUGGUUUUGGACUUAAAAAAAUUAUGGUUUGUUUUUCAAUACUAUGUGUUAAUAAGUGGAAUAAUUAAUUGUUGAUAUGACCUUUGAAACAAAUAUGAAUAAACAACUGUUUUCCACAG